AUGACCGUCGAGCUGCUCAAAGCCAUCGUCGAAAGCGAAACCGACAUCCCCCCAGAAGCCCAGCAGCUCGUCUUCAACAAUCAGCUCCUCCAACGCCCCGCGCAAACCCUCGACCAGGUCGGCAUCGGCGAGGGCGACAUGCUCGGCGUCCACGUCAACCUCCGUAGUGGCCCGCCAGGCCCCACCACCACCAACAACACCACCACCACCGCACCCCCCUCCCACGCAGGCCCCAGCGCCGCACCGCGUCAGAAUGUCGCACCCCGCCCCGGGAUGCCUGACCCGGAGACUAUCCGGCUACAUAUUCUGGGUGACCCGCGCGUGCGCGAGGCCGUGCGCAGACAGAACCCGGAGCUCGCGGCGGCGGCCGAUAACGCACAGCAGUUCCGGAACGUGCUGCUGUCGCAACAGCAGCGGGAGGCGCAGGCCGAGGCGGAGAAGGAGGCCCGCAUCGCCAUGCUCAACGCCGACCCGUUCAAUCCGGACAACCAGCGCGAGAUCGAGGAGAUCAUCCGCCAGAAUGCAGUGACGGAGAACCUGCACAAUGCGAUGGAGCAUCACCCCGAAUCUUUCGGCCGCGUAACCAUGCUCUAUAUCCCCGUCGAAGUGAACGGCCACCGCCUCAACGCCUUCGUCGACUCCGGUGCCCAGGUCACCAUCAUGUCACCUGAGUGCGCCGUCGCCUGCAACAUCAUGCGGCUGGUCGACCGGCGCUACGGCGGCAUCGCCAAGGGCGUCGGCACGGCGCCCAUCUUGGGCCGCGUGCACUCGGCCCAGAUCAAGAUCGGCGAGAUGUUCCUGCCUUGCUCGUUCACCGUCAUGGAGGGCAAGCAGAUCGACCUGCUGCUGGGGCUAGACAUGCUGCGCCGGCACCAGGCGUGCAUCGACCUCCAGCGCGGCGCCCUGGUCAUUCAGGACCAGGCCGUGCCAUUCCUCGGCGAGGCCGAUAUCCCCAAGCACCUAACCGAGGAAUUCGAGGAUGAGCCGACUGUGAAGGGUGCCGAUGGUGCGGAGGUGGGUGCGCGCACUGGCGCCGUUACCCACCCGGCUGGUGGGCCCGGUCCGGGUCAGGGUCCGUCGCAGCAACAGCCGCCGCAGCACUCGUCCUCGUCGGCCCCUAGGAUCAACAUUCGGCCUGCGCCGGCCUCGCGGUGGCCGCAGGCCUCGGUCGCCAAGAUCACGGAGCUGGGCUUUACGCGUGAGGAGGCGGUGCGGGCGCUGGACGCUGCGAAUGGGGAUCUGGAUGGGGCGAUCGGGUUCUUGAUCUGA